AUGGACGUCGAUCCUCGUCACUACAAUCACGUUGCUAUCAAUGACAAUGACAUCCACAAUAUUGUUCUAUCAUACCUUGUGCAUAAUUGCUAUAAAGAAAGUGUGGAGUCAUUUGUUGCUUCGACGGGGAUGAAGCAGCCUGCUGACUGUCUUGAGGAUAUGGAGAAAAGAAAAAGAAUUUUUCACUGUGCAGUGGAGGGGAAUGCUCUCAAGGCGAUUGAACUGACGGAACAGCUGGCACCUGACUUACUGGAGAAAAAUAAAGAAUUGCAUUUUGACCUUCUGAGCCUUCACUUUGUUGAACUUGUUUGCUCUAAGAAAUGCACAGAAGCUUUGGAAUUUGCCCAGAACCAGUUGACCCCCUUUGGGAAGGUGGAAAAAUACGUCUCAAAGCUUGAAGACUUUAUGGCUUUGCUUGCCUAUGAAGAACCAGAGAAGUCCCCUAUGUUUCAUUUGCUUAGCUUGGACUAUCGGCAGCAAGUUGCAGAUAGUUUGAACCGAGCAGUUCUUGAACAUUCAAACCUGCCCCAUUAUACUGCAAUGGAAAGGCUAAUACAACAGACAACAGUAGUUAGACAAUGCAUAAGUGAAGAAAAUGCCAAGGUUAAGAGAUUCCUCAACUAUAAGGCCUACUGUUGUGCAGAAAGAUAA